AUGUUAAUGCUCUCACUUCGAUUCUUUAAUCGUCUGCUGCUUUCUCGUCUUCAUUUGUGUGGUGCUUUCGUUUAUUGUUUUUGUUGAAUGCCGGAAUUCAAUGAACGCUGGACGCGAACAAUGGGCUAAACAUGCGAGGCAUCUCAAUUGUGCGUCAUCAUUCACAAGUGUUUCUUCUCAAGAGUUGAUAUACUCGUACUUGUCAGUUAUGAGUUCGUUGAAUCUUCUCUGUUCGACGACUUCUGUCUGCAUUUAUUACCCUAUGACGUGAGUAAUUCAUGCGCGUGUCAACGAAACGCGCGUCGAAAGUAAUUAUUUUUACUGGCGACCCAAAUAGAAGAAAGAAGAGAAGUAUUUUUGGACUUUAUCUUAUAUUCAAGGCAUUUAAGAACGCAUUUAGUAGUAUUACAUUUUACUUUCGACUUAAUUUUUAGAUUUGAAAAUUAUUAGUAUUAUAUAAGGACAUAGCACAGUCGCAAACCCAAUAGUAGCGUGGAUCAGUCCACCCCCGCGGCGCAAACGCAAAAUUAUUGAUUCAUGCCUCUGCUUUCAACGAUUCAAUCCUUCCGACAUCACGUGAGGUAAAAUACAUUGGUCAGCUGAUUUCUACCGACACAAACUCGCGAAACCUCCAAAAAAUCUCCAAAAAUUUACUCGUUUAUUAAUUAAUGUUUAAUAUCAUUUUGAGCUUCAAACUUUCAUCAGUUGUGUGUUAAAAUGAAUAAAUUACUAUUUACAAUAACAUUUGGAUAUUUGGCGUGCGCGAUGCGUGUGAAUAGUACGCCGGCAAUGCAGAAACGUAAUAUUGGUGGCGACACUGAUGUACCGAAGUGCAUUGAAAACUUCGACAUCCACAAGGAUAAGAUCAUCAGGACGACAGAUUCGCGCGCGAUGGGCGCUAAAUACCUCAACGAGAUGGACCUGGACUCACGCGAGGAAUGCCUGCGGUUGUGUUGCGAGACAGAGAACUGUGAUGUGUUUGUUUAUGAAGAAAAGAACGCUGGAAGUUGUUAUCUGUUCCAAUGCGGCCCGCCUGAAGACUUCAAAUGCAAAUUCACACAUCACGUCAACUACACCUCUGCGAUCAAUCGACAUUUAUUGGAUCUAGAGAGUCAGAUAAAACUUACAAAACACGAACAGGACUUAACCAAACUUAGAAAGCCGGAAGUGAUAAACACGGGAAGUGUGGAAACAACAACGCGUCCAUCGUCAACCACAUCAAAGUCAACGACAAUUAUCUCCAAGAUUCUCAACGCACACACCGAAACACCUGCAAAACCAGCAAAUAAAAAAUGUAGUCCAUUCCAGUUUGAGUGCCGGUCAACACGUGAAUGCAUCGCAAUUUACAAUGCCUGUGAUGGUAUCCCACAAUGCGCAGAUGAAAGUGAUGAAGGACCCGAACUGCAAUGUCCUGAUGCGACUGCUACUUCAGGACGAAUUCAACAAGCACCCCUACUUCAACCACAAGAGUUGCAGCCUAGAUUACAACUAGGCCCACAAUCUCAGAUACAAUCACCAAACCCAGACUUGUAUCGUCUACGAUUACCAGCAAAGCAACCUGUUGACAACUUAAACCCCGGAAGGGAUGCAACCCGACAACAACCUGAUUUUCUACGUCCAGUGUCCGAUCCGCAGAAUCCUCUGCACGGACCACAAUAUGAUCCUCAACAACUGUCGCAGUAUCAAUAUCUUGUGCCACAGGGUCAGCAAAGUAACUGGGAACAUAUGCCACAGCAAGAGAUGUCAAAUAAUCAACAUGGCGGACAAUAUCAAAGUAAGAAUAGUCACAUAUUCAAUCAUAAGGAAACCGGUCUGCAGGUGCCCGACGUCGCUGAGCCAAGGUACAAUACCAACAAAUAUUAUAAGGGAGCAAUGCAGACGCUGCAUCACGCGCUCGGAUAUUCAAACACGGGUCAAAUGCAAUAUGUGGACGGGCAACGCUUGCGAAACUAUUAUGGCGCUGACGUAUACGGUCAGCAAAUUCCCCAAUUGCCGCCAAUACUCGAAAAUAAUUGGCCCAACGGCAAUAAUCACCCAGAUUUUAGGCAAAAUAUAAUGUACCCGAAUCAGGAUGUUAAUUCUGGGCGAGAAACAUGGAAUCCACAUCAACAAGGACCUGCGAAAACCGAAACAAACAAAAUGAUUUACAAUCAACCAGCGACCAAAGACUUGCCGCAAAUAAUAGAAACAAAAGAAAUUGGCAAGCAUGAACAAGAAAAAGUCGCUAAUGAUUUGAAAAACUCCAAACAGCAUUUUGCGGAUCAAAACAUCGCAUUGACAUCGUCAAUCUCAAAACCCACACACUCUAAUACUGGAAAUAAUUAUGAGCAUGAUCACAAUCAACCUGGCAAAUAUAUUACGGAAUACAAAAUUACUUCGGAAACUCUAACGGCCAUUGAAGACGGUAUUGCAGAGACACCUGGCGGAGCGGUUUUGUCACUAUCUUUGGGAUUAGUUUUGACUGCGUUGAUGGGAAUUCUCAUCGGUUGUCGCCUUAGAGUGGUGCGGAGACGGUUAAGACGUGGCGGCAAAUCUUUCGCGCAUGACGCUGACUAUCUAGUCAACGGAAUGUACUUGUAAUGAAACAAAUGAGUUAUUAUAUUGCGUUCACUGCAAAUCUCAUGUAAUCUAAAAAAAACUAUUAAUUAAUGAAGAUAUCAGUCGAAUGUUUGUAAAUUUGUAACAAUAUAUCAUGAAUAUUCAAGAUUAA